UUGGAUGCAUUUAGACGCGGGUUCGGUUAACACUAUCCAUCAAAAUAGACUUUAUCAGCAAGUAAAGUUGUGUAAAUUGCAUGACACAAUCAAGCUUUUUAAGAAAAACAACUUUGUUCGAUUUUUGCGCAUUACGACUAGGAACCUCAAUACAGGCAUGCGCAGCGUUACCUGUUGAUGUAUGAAGUGUAUGUAUGUAGGAAUUGUUCUAUGUCAUAAAGUUGGCUACGUGCGACGACAUUCAUGCAUCGAAGCAUGUCAGAAGAUUUACUUACUGGAUAUAGAUUAUAGAGGGACGGUCUCGUCUUCCUAUUAAGCCCGCCGCACACGAGAGCUAUUAGAGAGUUUGGGAAACGCACCGCGAUCGCAACGGCAACGUCAGCGCUCAAUUUUUUUAGCCUGGGGCGAGUCCGUGUAACGUCCCGCCAAAAUUCUAGUUUGGGAAAUGCAAAAUACUUUUUAGUACGGCGCACUCACUGCACGGUAAAACGUCAGUCGUAUGCAUGGCAAGUAGAGAGGAAAUUUUAGAUAUUUUAUUGAUCGCUCACCGAAACGGUCAUCUUUCUGACACACAGCUGCUUAUACUGGACGAAGAGUUGAGAAAAAAUGAGUUUGCGCAAUCUAAUUUUCCAUACAAGAUUUACACUCCUUUCAGUUGGGAAAAUUAUGACGAAAUUACAUGUCAAACCGAACUGCGGUUUGAGAAAGCUGACAUCCUUCGACCUUCGCCUUAAACGCUGUUUAGAAAUCCCAGACGAAGUUCAGUUCUACAAAGGAAGCUACUGCCAUGGUCUGGAAGCCCUGUGCAUACUUCUAAAGAGAUUAGCGUAUCCUUGUCGAUACUGUGAUAUGGUUCCACGAUUUGGACGAUCUGUGCCAGAUCUUUGCAAAAUAACCCACCUUAUUCUUAAUCAUAUAUAUGUCCGAAAGUCACACUUACUUCAGCGAUGGGAUAGUCCAUUUUUAACCCAAGACUCACUACAAACGUAUGCCAAUGUCAUCCAUGCUAAAGGCGCCCCCUUGAGCAAUUGUUUUGGGUUUAUUGAUGGUACGGUACGACCAAUUUGCAGGCCUGGAAAACACCAAAGGGAUGUGUAUAACGGGCACAAAAGAGUACAUAGCAUAAAAUUUCAAAGUAUCGUAAUACCCAACGGUCUGAUUGCGAAUCUUUCUGGACCAUGGGAAGGAAGGAAACAUGAUGCUGGUAUGCUAGCUGAGUCAGGUCUAAUGAGGGAUCUGGAAAGAAUUGCAUAUUCUCCAACUGGGGAAACGCUGUGUAUUUACGGCGAUCCUGCAUACCCGUUAAGAGUUUACUUACAAGCACCAUUUCGUGAUGCAAACCUCACCGACGAAAUGAAAGCAUACAAUAAAGCUAUGAACUCUGUUCGUGUCUCCGUCGAGUGGCUGUUUGGAGAAAUUGUAAAGUAUUUUCGGUGUACAGAUUUUAAACGAGGACUUCAACUUCGUUUAAGUCCAAUUGGAAAGAUAUAUAUUGUUUGUGCAAUUUUACAGAAUGCCCACGCUUGUUUGUACGGAAACAUUGUGUCGGAAUACUUUCAGCUGCAGCCACCGACACUUGAAGAAUACCUACAGCUACAAGAGUAAAGUGCCAACUUCAUAUUAAUAUUUUGUAUUUUAGAUGCAAUAACGCUGUAAAUAAAGUUGUUGUCAGUAUAAAGUUAGACAUUAAUUAUUAUCCUGUCUAUUUCAAUUAUGAAAUUUACAUCGUUUUGUACCCGCCAUUGUGUUGUUUACAUUUUUUUAAACAAAACAAAACAGUAAGUAUGGUUAACAUUUUAUUCACUGGAAGUCAAAACAUAUACAAAAUGAUAUCCUGAACAUUCGUAGUGUUUACUGUUUAGUAGUUUGUUCUGAUAUCUUUUAGCAAUAGCUACUUGAAUGAAUAAUAAAAU